AGCUUCUUCUUCUUCAGUUCUUCCCCUCUUCCUUUUCAUCUUAUUAUUUCACACCUUACGAUCUCAUCCGAAUACAAGCUGCUUUUAUAUUAACCAACAAGCUAGUGAUUGGCAGUAGAUCUAUAUCAGGUUCUCAUCCUAUGGCUUCUGCAGCGGUUAAUUCCGCCAUUGAGAAACUUGCCAAUGUACAGCUCAAUGAGCUCUCUACAUCUUCAUCUCCCAAUCUACAGAAAAACCUAUCAAUUCUAUCUCCUGAACAGAUAGAUCUCGGAAAAAUGUUACUGGAGAUGGGGCAGGGUCAUUUGUUUGAACAUUGGCCUGAUCCGGGCGUUGAAGAUGAUGAAAAAAAAGCUUUGCUUACUCAGGUGGCUUCACUUAAUUCAAGCUAUCCUGGUGGUUUGGCAUCAUAUAUUAAGACUGCAAAAGAACUCUUAGCCGAUUCCAAGGCCGGGAGAAAUCCAUUUGAUGGUUUCACGCCUUCUGUGCCAUCAGGUGAAGUGCUAACUUGUGGUGAUGACAAGUUCAUAGAGUAUGAGGAGGUUGGGGUGAAGCAGGUGCAGAAUGCUGCAUUUGUUCUUGUUGCAGGCGGGCUUGGAGAACGUCUCGGAUACAGAGGAAUAAAGAUAGCGCUUCCCAUGGAAACUACCACUGGAACUUGUUUUUUACAGCACUAUAUUGAGUCUAUAUUAUCCUUAUCUGAAGCAAGUUGCAAGCAGGCUCAAGGUGAAAGCCAAAGAGAUGUACCUCUAGUGAUAAUGACAUCAGAUGAUACACAUGAGCGAACAUUACAACUCUUAGAGUCAAACGCUUAUUUUGGUAUGAAACCUACACAAGUAAAACUUCUGAAACAGGAAAAAGUUGCUUGCUUGGCUGAUAACGAUGCUAGGCUUGCUUUAGAUUCAAACAAUAAAUACAAAAUACAGACAAAACCUCAUGGCCAUGGCGAUGUUAAUGCUCUUCUAUAUUCAAGUGGUCUACUUAAAGAAUGGAAGGAUGCUGGUUUGAGAUGGGUAUUGUUUUUCCAGGAUACAAAUGGUCUUCUUUUUAAGGCUAUUCCUGCUGCACUAGGAGUUAGUGAAACAAAACAAUACCAUGUAAAUUCUCUUGCUGUUCCUCGAAAAGCCAAAGAAGCUAUUGGAGGAAUUACCAAGCUUACUCAUACAGAUGGGAGGGAAAUGGUUAUUAAUGUUGAAUACAAUCAACUUGAUCCUCUCCUUAGAGCGACAGGUCAUCCUGAUGGUGAUGACAAUUGUGAAACUGGUUAUUCUCCAUACCCUGGAAACAUAAACCAAUUAAUUCUUGAACUUGGACCUUACAUUGACGAGCUCACAAAAACUGGUGGUGCUAUCAAGGAGUUUGUUAACCCCAAAUACAAAGACUCCACAAAAACAGAAUUCAAGUCCUCUACCAGACUGGAAUGCAUGAUGCAAGACUAUCCUAAGACGUUGCCUCCAUCAGCUAGGGUUGGAUUCACAGUGACUGAAAAUUGGCUUGCUUAUGCACCUGUAAAGAACAACGCUGACGAUGCUGCAAAGGUACCUAAAGGGAAUCCGUUUCACAGUGCAACUUCUGGAGAAAUGGCAAUAUAUGGAGCAAACAGCAUGAUUCUUCAAAAGGCAGGUGUGAAGGUAGAUGAUCCAAUUACACAAGUCUUUAAUGGUCAAGAGGUGGAAGUGUGGUCCCGUAUUGUGUGGAAACCGACGUGGGCAGUCACGUUUUCUGAUGUUAAAAGUAAAGUCAGUGGAAACAACUCGGUUUCUCAAAAGUCCACAUUGAUUAUCAAUGGCCGCAACAUUUUUAUUGAGGAUCUUUCAUUGAAUGGAGCUCUUAUUGUUGAUUCAAUUGAUGAUGCAGAGGUGAAAGUGGGAGGUUCUGUGCAAAACAAUGGUUGGGCGAUCGAAACCAUUGACAAAGAUUCUACUGAAUUGCCCGAGGAAGUAAGGAUCAGAGGAUUCAGAAUAAAGAAGACGGAGCAGUUGAAACAAUCUUACGAUGAACCUGGAAAAUUCUUCUUGAAAUCUUGAGGUUUGAUUUCUGCACAUACAUAGAGAUGUUUUGUGUGUCCUACAUUGGUUUGCAGCUGCUAAACAUGAAUGCAUAGUCUUAUAGAAUAUUAAAGCCGGUUUGCAAUUCUUCUGGAUGCUGAUUGCCCUAGAGUUAUUAACAUUUGUAACCAUUUGACUUGGGCUUUAAUUUCCAAAAUUUGCAGGAUUACUAGUUUCUGUCCUUUAGGAUUUUGUGUCUGGUUUGAUUUUGUUGACUUAAGAAGUCUACUUGAAUAACAUCCAUGAGAGUACAGUUUUCGUAUC